GGUUCAAUUAACACAAAGGUGCAAAUUUUAAAGUCAAUCUCCAUCCAAUCCCACUAUUCAAUUCCGCUAUUCCGAUCAAAUCACAAUCUCAAAAUUUUGACACUGUUUUUCCGUUUGUCCAAUUAAUUUGAGACAAGUUAUCGAUUUUCAGUUGAUCCAAUUCGAUACCAAAUUGGUUUGAUAAUUAAAUAUGACUUCAUUUAUCGGCAAACGGUUAGUAUCUCAAAUGCCUAAUUUAGAGUGAGUUUAGUUGAGUUUGCAAAUAUUUUUUGCGCAGUGAUGACGUCGUUAAAGUGAAUCUUACGUUUAUUAAAUAAAUUAGUGAUUACCAGAUGGACAGACUUGUUACUCUACAAGAGUUUCGGAAAUUUUAAAAGUAACUUCUAGUCAAAAUACUUUAUAUUUCUAUCAAAAAAAAUGAAGAGACAAAUUAAUUCCGUACAUAUUUUACUAGUCGUAUUAUUACACUUUUGUGAAAUGGGGAGGACACAGUUUAUGGAAAAAAGUAGACCAAAUUUUCCAAAAAAUGUGCCCCAUCAAAGUUACACGAAUCACGAAAGAAUACCAAAUUCUUAUCGGAAUAAUAAUCAAAAUUACGAAAAUGUGGCGUGGGUCCAACCAAAAUUACGAGUAGAGGAGAAUAAUACGAAUGAAUUUCAUGGAAGAGAAGAUGCACUUCCGGUGGUUCAGAAAAAUCCGAUCUUUCUUAAAGGACAGGGCAACAGUGGUUUUAUCAAUUUUUGGGGUGAAAAUGGACCUAGAGGAAAAAUGGAUGGGGGUGAAAAUAGUAACGUUAUUUUGGAGAGGGAGGAGGAACCCACGAAGGAAAUUAAGCCUCCGGAAGCCAUGGGAGUUCAAAUGCAUGAAACAAUGUCAACCAAAAACCUGCCUCGCCGACCCGGCCUUCCGAAUGACAUCCCCCUCCCAACAAUUAACAUGACCAACGUCGUAGCAUUACUGGAAUUGGCGAAUAGCGAUCCGAACCCAGAAGAUUUGACGGUCGAGCAGGAAGCCCUCGUUAUUCAGACCUUGUCCCAAGUCGCCACUUUUAUCGGGUUGCAAGACGUACGAGACUGGAUUGGAAUCAUUGCAAUGUCUUUUGUCAUCGGCCCGAUUGCCAUUCCUCUCUUCUUUUUUCCCAUCAUGCUCAUAAUGAUGGGCUCCUUUUUGAUUCCCCUCGUCAUUAAUGGGGCCAACGUAGCGGCUGCCAACGCGGGGGGAGGAGCGGCUCGAAAACGGAAAGAUUUUAAUGAUGGACACCCUUUGGAAAGUUUUUGCACGGAAAUGUUGGCCUGCGAAGCGUCAAAUUUUUUAAGAAAAUCGACAAUGUCGGGUUGGAUGACGAGAGCGUUCAGUCUAACUUCGGUGGAAUGGGCGGGACCAAUUUCGUCCUCAUCUACAAAAUCGGACUCAUCACUUUCAUACACACAGGAAGAAGACUGUGCGAAAUAUAAGUGCAAAAUUCUGCAACCUUUGCAAACCUGGUUUUCCAAGUGGUACUCGUACAUCUUCACGUAUCAGAAUGAUAACACGGCUAAAAGACCGGGGAAACUUUGUGGGAGAAAGUUUAAAAGGAGGUGCAUCCCAACUAAUCAAAAUUAAGCACAAAAACAGGACAAGAUAUGUUGUUAAAUAAUUUAAAGAUGUAAAUAUGCAAAUUUAAUGUAAGUAUGUAAAUUGACCAUCGGACUCGAUGGCGCAUCAUUAAAAUUAUCAAAAUCAAUACGUUUGGAAUCAUUUCUCGCCUCUGGGAAUUUAUUUUAAAAUUCUGAACCACAAAAUUUGCCAUUAGUGAGUUGA